UCUGCGGCUGUCGCACGAACGGGGGGAAAAGAAAGUGACUCGCUGCAGAAAAAGCAAGUAAGGGAGCUUUCGGAAAAACUUGCGAGAGGAGACGAAGGAGACAUGGAGCAGAGACUCCAGGGUCAUGUUCCUCGACAACGCCAGUGUUCGCCUCGCUCUGAAUGCGAAUGGCGACUGUUCCGUCGACUUUUUCCAGAUUUCCGAACGGUCGACUCUCCACUUCCCCCUGUCGCUGCUCGAGCCUGAGAUCCCUCGUCUCUGUCCCCAGGGAUUUACGCCCUGUCUCCCUCAGUGUUGUCUCUUCUUCGUGGAAACCUUCUUGUUUUCCCCUUUUCUCCCAGUCUUCUCGUCUUAUUUCUCCUCUUUUCUCUCCUCUCCUUCUCUCCUUCUCUCCUUCUCUCUCGCCUCUUCCUCCGUUCCCAUUUCUCCGGCACCGCGUCGUCGCCUCUCCGCUUUUGGAAUCUCUCCUUCUCCCAGUGCGAGUUGCACGGCCAUUAUGGGCGCGCUUUCUGCUCGCGGAUCUUCCUUCCCCCGCUGCGUCUCCGCUCGCGCCUUUGCGAGGCGACCAGGCCUCAAUCUGUUUCCUCUCUGCGAUGGGAUUCGAGGAGAAGUGAAGAGACAGAAAAGAGAGACGCCGCGGCUUCCGCCGCGAAAGUCGCAGGUCCCCACCGGCCGCACCGCAGAGGACCCCAAGAGCAGCGCGCCUCGCUACCGCGAAGAAGGUCGACAGCAUGCGAGAACAGGCGGAGGAGGCAGAUGGCUGGGAGACGGAGAACUCGAUCAAGACGCACGAGCAGAAGAGCUUUCAGGAAGAGGUGGAGAAAGAAUAGCAAAAGGCAGAGGAGUGGACGAAGACGCGAAGGAUGGAGGCACCAACAGAGCUACGAAUAGAGGAGGGGGCUGUCCUGCCUGUUUCCGUUCACAUCUGAGACGAUCAACGCAGAGACUGUUGUUCAUCGAUGACAUGUCUUCUUUUCAGAGAGAUCUCGGUCUCCACGUCUCGGAUUUCUCUACUCUCUGCCGUUCGUCAAAGCCGCGUUUCUUCUCUUCUCUCUCUCCCAACUGGACCUUCCUUGCUCCUGGGGUCCCGUGCGCGGACGCCUCGCCAGUCGCUUCCUGUACCAGUCGCUUCUCUCCCUGUGCGUCAGGUCGUCGCGGAGCAGAGCGACUUUCUCGAACGACUCCUUCAUGGCGUCUUUCUUCUUCCAGUUCUCACCUUUCUCCUCACACCUCUCUGGAAGACGCAGCUUCCUCUUUCGCUUCAUCUUUCUCUUCCUCUUUCUCGUCCUCUGUCUAUCGCGCUCCUUCUUCGUCUCGCUCUUCUUCACUCUCUGCCGCGUCUCUCCAGCCUGGGAGCUCAGCGUCUCUGUCGCAGGUUCCCCCGGGUGUCUCUGUCUCUUCUGAACUCUCGUCGCCUCGAAGCUGGCUCCUUUCUCCCGCCUUCUCGCGGUCCCUCUUGUCUUGCUCUCUUUCCAAGUUUUCCUCGCGUUCUUCUCGCCGCAGAUCCUCUCCAGUCUCCUACCCCCUGGGGCUCCUGCCCUCUGACGCGCCCACACCUGGCGCUCGCGCUGACGUCUCUUCUUCUCCGUCUCCGGCCUCUCUCUCGUCUUCUCUCGCGGCUUCGAGGCCUUCUUUUCACAAACGCUUGAAGGAUGUUCGCAAAGUCGAUCGUCACGUACAGGCGCGUGUGGUUCAGUUGGGACUGGGGGCGCCGCGGAACACAGGCGAGAAGAGACAGCAGAUUCUCCACGGAGACCGCAGCCUGAGUGCAAGGUGCCCUGUCUUCCUCGGGCAGCUCAAGCCUCGCCUGGAGAAGUGGAGAACGGCUCUGAGAGAAGAAGAGUUGCCGCCUCCGACUCUCCCCGAAAUCGCCUUCGCAGGGCGGUCAAACGUCGGGAAGAGCAGCCUGUUGAACGAACUCGCGGGUCGUCGCCUCACUUCUCUCGUGACAAGUCGACCGGGGACCACGCAGCAACUUCACUUCUUCAAGGCAGGAUCGCCGCCUGUCCUCUGCCUCGUUGAUCUUCCUGGCUACGGGUUUGCAAAAGCAGCCGCAGCCACUCGCCUUCAGUGGACUGAGUUUUCUCUCUACUACCUCAAGACGCGCAAAAACCUGCGGCGCGUGUUUGUUCUCGUCGAUGCGCGACAUGGUCUGAAGGAGAGCGACAAAGAGAUGCUGCAUUUCCUUCAUCGCUGGGGAGUGAGCUGGCAAAUUGUCUUGACCAAGGCGGACUUGGUCAAGCCGAAAGACCUCGUGAAGACGCUCAUGCUGGUGAAAGAAGACGCCAAGGCCUUCAGACACCAAGCUGCAGACCCCAUCGCCGUCAGCGCUUUGAGGCAUCAAGCUCUUGAUGUUUUGAGGCGCGAGAUGGACGAGCUGAAAAUCGACAAAGAAAUUGUCAAACACGGCAUUCGCGUGCGGAUCCACAGCAAACUGGAAGAGCGGCGACUGCGGCAGCAACUGAAGGCCGCGAAGAAGAAGGCGGCGAAGGGCCAGGAGAGGCGAGAAGAAGAAACAGAGCGUUUGCUCACUCAGCCCUCUGUGUGGGCCAUGGCUGCAGGCAAAGGCGCACAUGUCGAAUCUCAACAAGCAGUCGACGGCACCGAAACAGACUCGUCUUCGAUCGUGGAGCGCGCGCGGAGACGGUGGAAUCUUGACGAGUCUUCCUCGCAGGGAGAAGCGAUGUCGGGGAAUGUCGAUUCAGAACAUUUGAGAGAGCGAGGAGGCUCGGAAGAUACAGGAGACAAGGAACAGCUCUCUUUAGACGCCUUCAUCGAGUGCACAGAAGUCGGUCGAGGAAGCUGGCACCACCGCCACAGCCUGGAGACCACGGAGGAGCUUCUUCUUUCAGCCUCAAGUGCUUUCUCAGAAUCGCCUCCCCUUGCUGCGAAUGCCGACUCACGGGAAGAAGCAACGCAUGCACUCAAGGAUGGGUGGAACUCUGAGGGCGAGUCGCCACAACUUCUCGGCCGAAAGAGAAGCAGACGACGAGCAAGCGGCCGGCUUCCUUCCUCGAGACAGGAAGAGCCUUUUCUGUCUCCUUCUCCGGCUUUCUUCGCAGCUGCCGAUGCAGCCGCUGAACUCGCUCUGGGCUUGUCUCCUUCUGGCUCAAAAGAAGAUGGAACGCGUCUUGGUGAAAGUGCGUCGAGAGAGUCUCUGGACUCCGGUGGAAAAGCAGAGCCGCGCGAAGGCGUCUCCAGAAACGCCCCCAUGUCCCCGUUGAGUUCCCUUUCUGCUGUGUCUCCGCCUUCUUCCGUUCUUGCUUCUUCUCCCCCAGUCGUCGAUGUUCACGCAGGCGUGUCUUCUCUGGUGAGAGGCGAGGAAUACGAUGGACUGCGACCUCCACCGUCGUCCGUCGCUGUGAAUUUCGACUUGUCGGGAUGCCCAGAGGUCUCCCGGCAAAGCGUGAGUCACGCCAGCGAGGAGAGAGAAGAAGUUGAAAGCAAAGGAGGUGGCGAAGGAACACAGACGAUGAGAACUUCGAGCUACGAAACCGAGGGCAGGUUCCCGCUUCAACUGAGUCGGCAUGCGCCCAAGAGCGAGGACAAGGGCCAGCCAGAUCAAUCCGAGUUCCCUUUCCUGACUGACGCUUCGUCUUCUGAGCUGGACUCUCUCCUUUCCUCCGAGUCGCUCGACGACGACGAAGAUCCUUCCUGCGUGCUUCACCGCUCGAUGCAGGGAUUCCGUGCCUCUGCUUCUUCCUCCCAGACGGAGAGUCUGCUCUCUCGCGCGGCCUCUGUCCGUCUGAGACGAGCUGUGGAAGAGACGAAGGAAAUCUGUCAGAACCACUGGCGGGCCGAGCGAAUGGGGAAAACGAGUGUGGCUUUUGAACUGACGGAGAAGGCGUCGUCUGCAGCGGAAGAAGACGAAAACGACGACGAGUCUCCCUCGUCGUCAUUUCCUUCCCUUGCCGCGGCGCGUCAGGCUGCGAGCGCGCGAAAGAGGCAGACAACUUCUGGAGUCUCGCCGCGACUCUCAGGCGUCGCAUUGGGACAGAAAGGCGACGUACUCCUCCUGGAAGAUGCAGGGUCGCACACAGGCGGCGGCGCCUCUGCGGCAGGCCGCCGCGGGAGACACCAAAGGCGAAACCUCGCGGGUGAGGAGAGUGGAGGAUUUGGCCUCGCAGAUCCCCUUGAACAAGCACCCGAGCCGGGAAGGUACACCGGCGACUACGAACGCGACAUGCGCCAGUCCUGGGACCGACGCAAACGAAUGGAGCUGGACGACCUAGGUAACAUCCCGGCGCGUCCUCUGAGGCUCGACAGUCGCAGUUCUGAAGAGCUGCAGCGGCCAGCUGAACGCCCGAGGCCGUUCUGGCGCCGGAGGAAAGAAGCGGAUGCGGCGGCCCUUUCGGCUGAAGCUGGAUUCAUUGGCCUCGAUCCAAAGGCGCUGCAGAGACCCGUGCGAGGCAUCCAGAAGCGAAAGCUUCUCAGACGCCUCAGUCGCAUGCGCCUCCACCAUCUUCGGCUGCAGCCAGAGAGCGUGUCUAAGAGACUCGUGGCGAGCGUCGGAAAAGAGGCCAAGGCCGACUUUACAGCUCCAGGGAUCAUUGCGAAGGAGGAACACAAGAAGGGAGGCAAGAAUUACACCUGGGAAGAAGCGAUGAGGAAGUGGAAGCGAUGGGCGCGGAAACACAAAGCGGAUGCAGCGGUGUACGGGCGCCCCAACAAACGACAACUCCUAGAAGAGCAAAUGCAAAUGGUGGAGCGGAAACUUUUCCGGCAGAGAGUGGCAAUGACGAAGAAGGAACAGAAUGAGGCACCUGGCGCCGGGUUAGUUCGUGAGUUCAAACGACGGAAACGCGAGGCUCGGGAGUUGGCCAGGGGCCUUGAAGCAUCGCAAAACGGCUCGAGUCAUGGUUCUGUGGCCGUGAAGACUAAGAAGCAGAGCCCGAGGUCCAGACGCUUGCAAAGGAAAAAUGAAAAGAAACUCGCUGAACUCGAGGCCUUUAGGGAGUGGAAAAUCCAGCAAGACAAUCGAAGACGUGGUCGAUGACACACGCGACAGCGACAGUUGUUGAGAGUCAAAACUCCGGGGUGUCGUUGCAUGGAACCAAGUCCUUCGACACGCGCCAAACAUAUGGCCCCUGAGAACCAGGCGACCGAGAAAGAAGAACCGAUACAAAACUUGUGGCUUUCCUGUUAACUUACGGGGUGGCCAUUCUCGGGGAUUCUCUCUUGGGUCCUGCCUUUGAUCGUGUUUUGCGUCCAUUUCCCUCUUCGGUUCACAUUUGACGCUUUACGCUCAUCGUAAACAGAGAAGCACUGCAGGACAGCAUAUUUAUGUAAACAAAUUUGCGUGAGCAUACCUGUUGAUACACACGCUUAUGGAUAUAGCAGGUCGGCCUAGGUGGGCUCGCAAGCUGUUCAACUCGUCCCCAUACACGAAGGUUCGUUGAGCACCGCAACGACGCCCAUUCCUGCCCCGUCAAGGACAGGAACUACUAUCUGCUUUGCGGAAACGGAACAGUGGUCUCGCAGUAGCAACCUUGCGUUAUGAAACUUGGGGACUGAGCUGCAGUUCGGACUGGCUUUGCGUGCUGGACUUUCAGACGGGCUAAGCAUACUUUGGUGCUGGAAUAACUCGUCCCUGUGACUGAUCUACAUCUGAAAAAUGCCUUGCCAGACAAGACAGUGGUCUCAGUGGUACAAGCAAUGAGGCACCCCGGCGAAUUCUCUUUUGACACUCGGUCUUCCACUAUUUUCGUCUAGUGCGGUUACUGUCC